GCUGCUCUCAUCUUCCACUUUUCAAAAUAUCCGCAAGUCAAUAAUGAAAUUUAAAUUGCAUUUGAAUGAACUGUGUAUGGAAAACACGCUGUGUAUGGGCGAACCUUUGGAACCUUUGGAACUCGCUGUAGCAUUGGAAAUUUCAUCCUGACUAUUUUUAGGCCAGUCAAGUACCAUAAUUGGAGGCACGCGUUGAACGUCGCCCAGACGAUGUUCGCCAUGUUGAAAACCGGCAAGAUGGAGCAGUUCAUGACCGACCUUGAAAUUCUUGGGCUCUUGGUCGCCUGUUUGUGCCACGACCUAGACCACCGUGGGACGAACAACGCGUUUCAAAUGAAGACCGAGUCGCCGCUGGCUAUCCUGUACUCGACCAGCACCAUGGAGCAUCAUCAUUUCGAUCAGUGUGUCAUGAUACUGAAUUCCGACAGCAACAACAUCUUCCAGAAUCUGUCGAUGGAAGAUUACAGGAAGGUGAUGAAGGUGGUGGAGAGUGCGAUACUCUCUACCGAUCUGGCCGUUUAUUUUAAGAAGAAGAACAAAUUCAUGGAAUUGAUCGACGAGGGAGAGUUCGAUUGGCAGAGCGAGGAGAAGAAAGAACUGCUAUGCGGAAUGAUGAUGACGGCGUGCGACGUGAGCGCGAUAGCAAAGCCGUGGGAGGUGCAACACCGCGUAGCCAAGCUAGUCGCCGAUGAAUUCUUCGACCAGGGUGACCUGGAACGUCUGCAGUUGAAUCAACAGCCGGUGGCGAUGAUGGACCGCGAGAGAAAGGACGAACUACCGCAAAUGCAGGUCGGCUUCAUCGACGUUAUCUGCCUGCCUCUGUACAAGGUGCUCUCCGACACGUUCCCGUGGAUCAUGCCUCUCUACGAAGGCACCAUGGAGAACAAGAAACACUGGCAAGACCUGGCCGAGAAGGUGGAGAUGGGCCUGACCUGGAUCGAUCGCGACACCAUCGACGAGCCGGUCGAGGAGUUCGUCUCGUACGAGCCCAAGGACAUCGAGUUCACCGUCACAACGCUGAACUGCGCGCACGUGGACAGAAAGGAAGCUGCUGAGAAGUCUGCGUUGGGCAGAUUCGCUUCCCUGAGGAAGGGCGGUCGCACGCUGACCAAAGGUGUCAGGCAUCGAAUCAGCAGGUCACUGUACGCUAGAAGCACACCCGAGGACGCCACCAAGUCCAAGGCGUUGAUACCUGACAGAAAGAGCCGGAAUAAAUUACUGGCUCCGGUGGAUCUUGACAGUCUAACCGGAUGGCUUCAGACUUCAGCUAGGUUGAAACUAGUCGCUUCAUCUCGCCAACUGGCGAAGAGAUUACCUUCGAGUGGUAAACGAGAUUAUCGA